GCAACACUGAGGGUGAGAGAGCAGCUGUGCUGAGCUUUGGGUAUAACAUCUGCUUCCAGAACUUAUCGAUCAUUUACAGCAAGCUUCCUAAUGGGUUCCAACACAACAGAAUGUACUGCAUUGAGCCUUAUUCCAGACAACGCUACAGACAUCCUGAGCAACCAAACUGAUUCAAGCCAGUGCCCUUCUUCUGAAGCCUGGAACUGGCUCUAUGCCAUGCAGCCUAUUUACAUGGGAGUCAUUUGUGUACUGGGAUUCAUAGGAAAUGCAUUUGUCUUGAGUGUUUUCUGCUUCCACAAAAAACAUUGCACCGUAGCAGAGAUUUACCUUGGAAACCUUGCAGCUGCAGACUUGUUGAUGGUGUCCUGUCUGCCCUUCUGGGCCAUUACUGUAGCCAAUAUGUUUGAAUGGCACUUUGGGCAUUCCCUGUGCCAGUUCAUUAAUGUUGGUAUUAGCAUGAAUAUGUACUGUAGUAUCUAUUUCCUGGUGCUUGUUAGCAUUGAUCGCUACCUGGCAUUAGUAAAGACUAUGUCUCACGGAAGAAUGCGGAGUGUCUCCUGUGCCAAAAUAAGCUGCUUUACAAUUUGGAUGUUUGGUUUUAUAAUGAGCAUCCCAGUCAUGUUGUUUAGGACGCCAAAAUACUUCCCUGAGUAUAAUGUUACUGCAUGCUACCUUGAAUAUCCUAGUUUGAAAUGGGAAACCUCUUAUAAUCUUUUGCUCAGUCUGAUUGGAUUUUUCAUACCAUUAUUGAUUAUUUCAUAUUGUACAUACAAGAUCAUUGAAGCCCUGAGGAAUAAAAAGAUGCACAAGUUCAAUACAGUUAAAACCGAGGGAAAGGCAUCAUUUCUGGUCCUUUCUGUGCUCCUUGUCUUCUUCUUAUGUUGGAUUCCUUUUCAUUCAACAACAUUUCUACACAUUCUUUUUAACAAUGGACUUUUCGGUGGAUGUGUUUGGGAAGUCUUCCUUGAUAUAAGCAACCAGGUAUCUAGUUAUCUUGCUUAUAGCAACAGCUGUUUGAAUCCUGUACUGUAUGUCAUUGUGGGAAAGAACUUCAGAAAGAAGGCUAAAGAGGUGAUUGAACAAAUGUUUUACAAAAGGGGUUCAACCAGUGAAUCUUCUCGAUCUCAGUAUUUGUCUACAUUGAAAACCUUUGUCUGACUUACAGUACAUAAUACUGUAUAUCAAUUACUUGAUGCUCUGUCCUGUGCAACCUUAUUAACGUUCUAUAGAGUGAUCAAUUAAUAAUCUUUUUUAAAACACUUCUGUUGAACAAUUUUCUGGAAAUAAUAUUACAUUAAUCUACUUCAAUUUUUUCUACUGUUAAUACAAUACAUACUUUUUAUGUACAAUAUUUAUAAAUUGUGUAAGGAAGUAUAAGCUUUU